CCAUUUGAAAACUGUUGCUUGGCAACAGAACCCAAACUUUCUGCUCAGACGAUUAGCUGCAAACAUUGCUCAACAUAAUAAAGUCUUACUCCGUCAUAAUACAGGCUGUGAGGAUGAGUGCCGGACGUACAUCUGAGGGAGCCGGCUGCAUCACCUGGUGGGGCUACAGUCCUGCGCUGGACCUGCUGAGUACUGGUCCUGUGAGACAUGACGGGGAGGUCAAUAUUUUACUUGUUGGCAGUGGAGAUCCACGGCAUAUUUUGAAGACGAUUGCUGGUUUGCGGAAUGAAGAAAGCCUUCAUAUGUGGGUCAUAGAAAACAGCAUGGAGGUGGUGGCUAGACAGCUGCUGCUCCUCUACCUGGCACUGAUACCCCAGGAAAGCAUGGGACUUAAUGAGAAGACAGAGGUUUACCUGGAGGUGUUUGGGAACAGUGAGAUCCGCAGUCAAACAGAGGAAAUACUGAGACGCGCAGCAUCACAACUGUCUCUAAGUGUUACCGAAACACUGGAGAUGGCCACACACCCCUGUCUGAACACAACUCUUCUCAAGUUCAAGGAGCGAGAUGAGCUGGCCAGAAUAUUCAAAUUGUGGAACAAUCCUCAGUCUUCAUCAUCUUCAUCUGAGCGUUCUGUUCCUAUCCUCAUGUCCAAAGCCUGGGAUUAUCGGGUCAGGCAGCACCUUGGUGCGCGCUAUGACUCCAAGAAAGGCUGCUUCGACUGGGACCUUACAAUGAAACUGCAUGAGAAAGGGUGUGGUGUCAUCAACAAACAACAUUAUGUGCAAUGGAGGGAACGGGGUUUGGCGUUUGAAAUGAGGGAAGGUGUCUACCAAGUAACCAAUCCAAGUUUGCUCUCAUUAAGAGUAUUCAGUCAGAGAGGGAACAAAGUGGCUGUGACGGGUUACUGGGGAGACAUAGUAUCCAGUCCUUACCUCUCCUUUGGCAUUGAAACCGAGGACAAGAGCCUAAUGAAGACACAGAAUGGGCAACAUAUCAAGACAGCCCAGGAUAUCUCCUUUGCAAAUGUGCAGGCAUUGUUCCAAUCCCUGUCCAGCAGACGGGGCUGCCCCUCUACUUCUCAGUCAGAUGCAGAGGGAGAGGAGCCAUUCACACAGAUUGACCAAAUAUCCGUUAACAUUAAUGACUUGAUGCAUCUGAAUGGGAUCUCUGUGACCUUCCUGCCUUUGGACUCACUUUACAAACUGCCAGAAAAACAGAAAUACUUCCAAUUCUUCAACACCAUUUACUUCUCUACCAGCUGCGUGCACCAGUUGGGCCCGACGAUGAGACAGAUUGCAGCACCAGACGCUGUGGUUGUCAUGGAGUUGGCCAAGUACAUUUUGGAUCUGAACAAAGAGCAAGAAGCAGGCUUUGCAAAGAAAGCGGUGAGCAUCGCUGUAGAGGCUGGAUUUGAACCAUGGCGUGAGGGGAAGAGUGAUGACGUCCAUGCUGUUUUCAUACGACAGAAGAAGUAGAAGUGGUUCCUCUCAGCACAGCUGUUACUCUGCUCCCACUGUCAGUAUCUUUAAUAUUCACAUGAUGCAACUGAUUGACAGUCAAGGAGAUACUGUUUCACAGACAAUCUACAAGAUCUUAUGCAGACAGAAUUUAUUUGUCCUUG